AUCCAGGCGGGGCUCAGUUUGGUGUCCGGCAACGGCCAGUGCAUCAUCUAGCCCUAGACAACAUGCGGACACCCAGAAACCAACAGGACCCAACUCUAAGACUAGUGAGAAACCAGGACCUGACGCACUUUACGCACGGGAAAGCCCAGUGGAAAUGCAGCCAGGGCGAAUCAUGCUACUGACACCGCUGGGUCUGGUAUAACGUUUUCGUUGAAAGUGCUUUGAAUGUGCGUUUUUUUUGUUGCCUUGAUAAAACAGUGAAGGGCUUACGUUCCAUUCAGACGCGUGUCAUGGACUCUAAAGUUACGCAGCGAAACUCUCCACUGGCUCAGGGCAUCAACUUUCCUCUCUCAGACUGCAAUCACCGGUUGCUAUGGUGACUAAAUUCCAGCCAGCUGAAACUUUUUGAGGCAUUUUUUUCGCGGAGUUUGAGAAACAGAUCACCGGGUUGGAACGCGUGCGUGACGACGGGCGCUGGACUACGGGGUGCCACGGGACUCCACACGCACACACACACACUUACACCGACAUCCCGGGGGGAAACGGAUGAUCGUUUCUACCGUAUAAGGAUUCUACUUGUUAUAUUGUACUCUAUAUCACUUGGAACUAUUGUUACCAGAUAGAGAUAUGGAUAACUCGUACUGUUUCCUUGCCAUGUCCAUGCUGGUUCUGUCCCUCGGGUUUAGGAUAGAGGAGGGCAUGUGCCAACACUACUACCUCCUCCGUCCCAUCCCCAGCGACACUCUCCCUAUUGUGGAGCUCAAAGAGGACCCAGACCCUGUCCUGGAUCCGAAAGAACGGGACCUGAACGAGACCGAACUAAGAUCCAACUUGGGUAGUCACUUCGACCCCCACUUCAUGUCCAUCACCCCGCCAGAGGACAAGUACUCAGGCAACGAGGACCUGGGCGACUCGGAGAUGCGUCAGAAGCCAUCCGUCGCGAUGCCCAAAGAGAUCAAAGCCAUUGAGUUUGAGAUCCAGCAAGGCAAGAAGCACAAGCCCAGUAAAAAACUCAGAAGAAGGCUGCAACUGUGGCUGUGGUCUUACACCUUCUGUCCAGUUGUUUAUACAUGGAACGACCUCGGGAACAGAUUCUGGCCGCGCUACGUGAAGGUGGGGAGCUGCUACACUAAGCGUUCUUGUUCGGUCCCUGAAGGGAUGCUUUGCAAACCUGCCAAAUCGGCCCAUUUUACGAUCUUAAGAUGGAGGUGCCUGCAGAGAAAAGGAGGUCUGAAAUGUGCUUGGAUACCAGUUCAGUACCCCAUUAUAUCUGAGUGCAAAUGCUCCUGCUCGAACUGAAAUAAACUGAAAUGAUUUUUUUUAUUAUUAUUUCUUUAAAAAAAAAAUCAUAGUUACAUGAAUGUUUUUUAUAUGCACUGCCAAGUGUAAGAAUGUAUAUUUUAUGUGUGUGUGUGGCGCCAUUUAAUGUUAUGAUGACACACUUUGUAGAAAGGUCAGUAAUUAUUAUUACAAUAUAACCAGCAUCUACUGUAUUUGUUGAACAUAUCUUGAAUGUGAUGUAUCUUUAUAUUUAUAUUGAAGAAGAGCACUUCGCAUUGCGAACCAUUAAAAUACUAUUAUUGAAGGACUUAACAGCUAUUUUCCAUUGUUUGGGAAGAACAAAUAAAUACGUGUUUUUUUUUUUUACCUCUGAUGUGGCAAAAUUAGCCCAAAUGUAAAUUGAGCUUGUGGAAACUGGAUAAAGGGAAAGUUGGUGGGUAAAUAAUGUAAAAUAAGAGUAACUGCCAACCUAUUUAUGCUUUAUGUUUCAUGUAGCCACAGUUCAAAUAAACCCACACAGAUGACACUUGG